AUGAAAAAAAAAGCUGACCCUCUCUCGCAUUUCCCAACGGUCAGAUAUUUUAAAAUUCAAAAUCCCCAAAUCUAAACAAAGUUGUUUCGUGUCUUUCAAACUGCUCGUAUCCGCUCUCUUCAUUUUCUCUAACAUUUCUCAGCCAAUUUUCUUUCUUUCUCCCAAAAUUUUCUGCUUGAAUGGAAACCCAAAGCGUUAAUUUAGGUACUCCCUCGAAACAAGCCACCGUUUCCAAGGUUAGGGUGGUGGUUAGAGUCCGUCCGUUUCUACCUCAAGAAAUUACUGCAAGAAACGGAGACUCAAAAUCCUGUGCUUUCCUUCUUGACCAUCAAGAUAAUGAUUCUUAUGGUGAAGUUUCUAUUCACCUUAAAGAUCCUAAUAGCAGCCGAAGCGAAUGUUAUAGAUUGGACUCUUUCUUUUCCCAAGAAGAUGAUAAUGUCAGAAGGAUAUUCUACGGAGAAGUGAACUCUUUGAUUCCAGGAAUCUUCCAUGGCUUCAACGCCACCGUUUUUGCUUAUGGGGCUACUGGAAGUGGAAAAACGUACACCAUGCAGGGAACAGAAAAGCAUCCUGGUCUAAUGCCUUUGGCCAUGUCUACAAUCUUGUCCAUAUGCCAAAGCACAGGGUGUAUAGCAGAGAUUUCGUACUAUGAGGUCUACAUGGAUAGGUGUUAUGAUCUUUUAGAACUCAAAGCAGAAGAAAUUUCUAUUUUAGACGACAAAGACGGGCGGGUUCAUCUAAGGGGCCUGUCCCGGGUGCCUAUUAAUUCCAUGUCUGAAUUUCAUGAAGUCUUUUCCUAUGGAAUUCAGAGAAGGAAAGUUGCACAUACUGGUCUCAAUGAUGUUUCUAGUAGAAGCCAUGGCGUCCUUGUAAUUGCUGUUUCCACUCCUUGUGAUGAUGGUUCUAGGCCUGUUUUGAUGGGGAAGCUCAACCUCAUAGACUUAGCAGGUAAUGAGGAUAAUAAGAGGACCUGCAAUGAAGGCAUUCGUCUCCAAGAGAGUGCUAAGAUCAACCAGUCCUUGUUUGCUUUGUCGAAUGUGAUUUAUGCAUUGAAUAACAAGCUGCCCCGAGUACCCUAUCGGGAAAGCAAAUUGACUCGAAUACUGCAGGACUCUCUCGGUGGAACUAGCCGUGCCUUGAUGGUUGCUUGCCUGAAUCCUGGAGAGUACCAAGAAUCAGUUCACACUGUUAGCUUAGCAGCUAGGUCUCGUCAUAUUUCAAAUGUUGUUUCUUCAGCUCAAAAACUACAGACACCAAAGGAAAAAAUUGAUAUGGAAGCAAAACUGAAAGCCUGGCUUGAAACGAAAGGCAAGACAAAGAGUGCACAAAGGAUGGGACCAUUUGCUCCUCAAUUCAUGGCCAAAACACCGAGUUCCAUACGUUCUAUGAAGAAGCUUGAUUAUAACAGCUCUUGUAAAGCCCAAAAUUCUAAUGCCAAAGUCAGGGACACAUAUUUGACUACCAGAAAUUUAUUCAAUAAUGGAGGAGUUGAUGUUAAGGAGAUAAUGUUGGAAUCAACUAUGAACUUAGCUGAAGAAUCAUCUACCAAGGGAGAGACUACCACAGUCGAAAAAUCGGUCGAUACAUUUGAAGUAUCUCCAGUUAGUGAGAGGAAAACCGCAAUGCAAAGCCCUCUAAGAAUGGCCUUGAGCCCCAUAAGUUCCAAUAUAAUUCCAGAAUCCAUCAAGGAGCAAUCAACCAAGAAUCAAAUUUCCUUGUCAUAUGAGCCAAAAUCUCCCCAAUCUCCUUCCAUUAUCUUUGCUACCAACAAAUUCCAAACUGUUGGUGACACCCCACUUGAUAAACGUAGCGCAUGGAGUUCUAACUUGAAGAGCACUCUUAUUCAAGAAUAUGUCGAGUUCUUAAAUACAGCUAGCAGAGAAGAACUACUGGGACUAAAGGGUAUUGGAACGAAGAUGACAGAGUAUAUCAUUGAACUUAGAGAAACAUCAACUUUAAAAUCACUAAGUGACUUGGAAAAGAUUGGUCUCUCAUCAAAGCAGGUUUACAACUUGUUCAGCAGAGCUGCAAAAGGAAUUAUUGAGUAAUAUUGAUUUAGUUGAUGGCCUAAUUUGUUUCAUGUACUAUUUCUUGGCCUGUCAGUUCAGAACUCGUAAUAUUCAUGCAGUACAUUCAUUAUAUUGUACUGAUUGUUAAAAAUUUUAGAAGAUGGUUGUAAAAAUGUCAAACUUGUAUCAGAUUUA